GAGACACUGGGCUCGACGUCCACCAUAUGUUCGGACAAAACGGGAACUUUGACACAGAAUCGGAUGACAGUCGCGCACAUGUGGUUUGACAACCAUAUCAUCGAAGCCGACACCACCGAAGACCAAACCGGCGUUCAAUACGACAAGACAUCGACGGGUUGGAAGGCAUUGAGCCGUUCGUGUUGUCUAUGCAGUCGGGCUGAGUUCAAAGCCGGUCAGGAAUCGGUCCCUAUAUUAAAACGGGAGUGCGCUGGAGACGCAUCCGAGUCGGCUAUACUCAAGUGUAUGGAAAUAGCGAUCGGAAACGUGGAGGCGAUGCGGAGGAAGAAUCUGAAGGUCUGCGAAAUCCCAUUCAACUCGACCAACAAAUAUCACCUAACGAUACACGAGACGGACGACAUGCAGGACGCCUCCUACCUGUUGUGCAUGAAGGGCGCGCCCGAACGCAUACUCGACCGGUGCUCAACCAUAUUCAUCAACGGCCAGGAGAAGCUGCUCGACGAAGACAUGCGCGACGCGUUCAACGCCGCGUACCUCGAGUUGGGCGGACUCGGCGAACGGGUCAUAGGGUUUUGCGAUUACCAGCUGCCCAUCGAGAAGUACCCGCCCGGCUAUCCCUUCGACCCGGACGAAGGCAACUUCCCGCUCGACAGUCUCCGCUUUUUGGGUCUCGUGUCGAUGAUAGACCCGCCGCGAGCCGCUGUGCCCGACGCCGUGGCCAAGUGUCGCAGCGCUGGCAUCAAAGUAAUUAUGGUUACCGGCGAUCAUCCAAUUACAGCGAAGGCCAUCGCCAAAGCCGUGGGCAUCAUAUCGGAGGGCACCGAAACGCUGGAGGAUUUGGCCCUAAGACUCAGUAUACCGAUGGAGGACGUGAACCCGCGCGACGCCAAAGCGGCCGUAGUUCACGGCCAAGAGCUCAAGGAUAUGAAAGACAGCCAAUUGGACGAAAUACUCCGCUUUCACACCGAGAUUGUGUUCGCCCGGACGUCACCGCAACAGAAGUUGUUUAUAGUGGAGGGCUGUCAACGACAGGGAGCUAUUGUGGCCGUCACUGGCGAUGGUGUCAACGACUCGCCGGCGCUGAAGAAGGCGGACAUCGGUGUGGCGAUGGGUAUCUCCGGCUCCGAUGUGUCCAAACAGGCGGCAGAUAUGAUACUAUUAGACGACAACUUCGCGUCGAUAGUGACGGUAAUAAUGAUACUAUUGGACGACAACUUCGCGUCGAUAGUGACGGGUGUAGAAGAAGGACGGCUUAUAUUUGAUAACUUGAAAAAGUCGAUCGCAUACACACUGACUAGUAAUAUACCAGAAAUAUCGCCGUUUCUAUUCUUCAUCAUAUUCAACGUCCCGCUGCCGUUGGGAACCGUAACCAUACUGUGCAUCGAUUUGGGCACAGAUAUGGUUCCGGCCAUUUCGCUGGCCUACGAACAGGCGGAGAGCGAUAUCAUGAAACGCCAGCCGAGAGAUCCCAAGAAAGACAAACUGGUGAACGAGCGGCUGAUCUCUGUGUCGUACGGCCAGAUCGGUAUGAUUCAAGCGGCGGCCGGUUUUUACGCUUACUUCAUAAUACUGGCCGAAUCGGGCUUCAAAUCCGACUAUCUGUUUGGCCUGAGAGAGAAGUGGGACUCAAAGGCGGUCAACGAUUUAGAGGACUCCUACGGCCAGGAAUGGACCUACAAAGCGCGCAAAGAGGUUGAGUACACGUGUCACACGGCCUUCUUCGUGUCCAUCGUUGUUGUCCAAUGGGCUGAUCUCAUCAUAUGUAAAACUAGACGAAACUCAAUCGUGCAUCAGGGAAUGAAGAAUCAUGUGUUAAAUUUUGGUCUACUCUUCGAGACCUGUUUGGCAGCGUUCCUCUCAUACUGUCCAGGAAUGCCACUACUCUUGAGAUUAUAUCCAUUAAAGUUGAGCUGGUGGUUUCCAGCAUUGCCUUUCUCACUAUUAAUCUUCGUGUACGACGAGGCGCGUAGGUUUAUACUGCGCCGAAACCCCGGCGGUUGGAUUGAACUCGAGACCUACUAUUAACCCCACCUUCCCGGAGCUCUAAUACAAUACGGUAUAACAUUAUACCCCAUACUAUACCAUACGAGCCAUCGAUUUAAUCACUAAUAGGAUAUUCAUCUCUCAACUAAACGGCAAACGAAUUCCUAGAGAUCUUAAACACAAACACAAAGUUAAGCAAAC